UCGCCUCGCGAUGAACUGCGCAUGUGCGGGCCGUCAACGCAAAAGGCACUGCUUCGAUAUAGUGUUUUUUUGACGAAUUUCGAGUAAUAACACGUUAAUCCAUUGAAGACAUUGUCUCGAAUCUAGGUAUUGCCUUUCGAAAAUUAACAAAUAAGUAAUAUUUUUUCACUUCUUUCAUUUACUUCUCCAACCCCAAACCCCGGCCUGGUCUACUUAGUCUGCUUCGAACGCUUGCGCUUUUGCGUCUCUGGGUUUAGAAACUCUGUGUCCACACCUUGGCUCACACACCGCGACGCAAGGUGACGUUCAAUUGCACCGACGUCAAACGUUUCCCUCCACCAUGCGUAUUAAAUGUAUUGUUGUUGGAGUGGUUGUUAUGACUGGACAAGGCCUCGGUUUAAAUUAGGAGACCCCGCCGUCGCUGCCACGGUAGACCUGCCGAUGGAGGGCAUGGACAUAGACCUGGACCCGGAGCUCAUGCAGAAAUUCAACUGUAUGGGCACCACUGACAAGGAUGUCCUCAUCUCAGAGUUCCAAAGACUGCUGGGGUUCCAACUCAACCCGGCAGGAUGCGCCUUCUUCCUUGACAUGACCAACUGGAAUCUACAGGCAGCCAUCGGUGCAUAUUAUGACGUUGAGAGUCCCAGCAUCAACACACCAUCCAUGUCUUUUUUGGAGGAUGUGACGAUUGGUGAGGGAGAGUCUGUUCCCCCCGACACACCGUUCACAAAGACCUGGAGGAUACAGAAUACAGGUGCAGAGUCCUGGCCACCCGGGGUAUGUCUGAAGUACAUUGGAGGGGACCAGUUUGGCCACAUCAACAUGGUGAUGGUGCGCUGUCUAGACCCCCAGGAGAUCUCAGACGUCAGUGUGCAGAUGCACAGCCCUGUGUCACCUGGCAUGUACCAGGGCCAAUGGAGGAUGUGCACAGCCACAGGACUGUUUUACGGAGACGUGAUCUGGGUGAUCCUCAGUGUAGAGGUGGGGGGCCUUUUGGGCGUGACACAGCAGCUGUCCUCCUUCGAGACAGAGUUCAACACGCAGCCGCACCGCAACGUGGAGGGAGACUUCAACCCCUUCGCCUCGCCACAGAAGAGCAAACACAACUCCGGAGACCACAACAACUUGAAAGACCCUGGAGGAGCCUGGGAGGGCACGCAGGACGCCAUCCAGCAAGAUCAAAACGGACUGUCUCACAAUGCUGUAAAUAGAGCAUCGAAUGGGCUCCAAAGCAAUCUAUCAGUAGUGACUUACAGUCAGGGUAUUCAUGGCCCCUAUCCGUUUGGCCAGAGUUAAAAAGAUGGAGAUCCAGGCGGUGCUGAACUAACCUGGGUAUGUUGAGGCAGGGGCACCGGAGAGGGGAGUGACACAUUUCAUACAGACUCCAGACAACCCUCUUCCUUGCCCCCAAUCCACCAAAACACAAGCUACAGAGAGAACAAGGACGCACCUACCCCAGCGAAUAACCCCCUACCAACAUCAUCAGCACCCUCCUGAGAUCAGUAUGUGUAAAUGCUACAUAAUGAGUGCUAUAAAUCCUUUAAAAAAGUUGCAUACUACUACACAGCUGUUUUUUAGUUUUCUUUCGUAUUUUUAGCUGUCAACACACCUCAAUGAGUAAGGACUGCUGGAUGAGUUUAGCAAAGGGAUGGAUGCGUGUGAGCUUGAGCAAAUGACGUGUGAGUGAAAAAAGCCAUCUAAAACUAUUUUGCCUGUUGAGCAAUUGUACAGUUGAAGUCGGAAGUUUACCUACACUUAGGUUGGGGUCAUUCAAACUCGUUUUUCAACCGUUCCACAAAUUUCUUGUUAAAUAACUAACGUUUUGGCAAGUUAGUUAGGACAUCUACUUUGCGUGACACAAGUUAUUUUUCCAAAAAUUGUUUACAGACAGAUUAUUUCAUUUACAAUUCACUGUAUCACAAUUCCAGUGGGUCAGAAGUUUACAUACACAAAGUUGACUGUGCGUUUAAACAGCAUGGAAAAUUCCAGAAAAUGAUGUCAUGGCUUUAAAAGUUUCUGAUUGCUAAUUGACAUCAUUUGAGUCAAUUGGAGGUGUAUCUGUGGAUGUAUUUCAAGGCCUACCUUCAAACUCAGUGCCUCUUUACUUGACAUCAUGGG